UUAAAAGUCGCAAACGUAUUAACUGGUUUUUUCAAGGUCGAAGAGUUAGUGACCAAGUACACCGAUGAGAACCAGACCUUGUUCUCUGGACUGCGAUACGACCACAAGAAACCUGUGCUACAAGGGGACCCGGAUCUACUGUUGUACCACACUUUUAGAUAUGCGACUAAACUUAAAACUGAACUUUGCGAAGCGUCAGCGGGCAUGACUGAGAGAAUCAAUCGAGGACUCGAAACGCUACCACAAACCGAGAAAGACCUGAAAAAUAGAAACUACGCGAUACAGGCCGAAUACAAAAAGAGGAAGUAUGAGUUGGACAGGGAAUACAGGAAACGGGCUGAUGACCAAAGAGCCAAUAACGAUAAGACUCUGAAAGACGCUUUGAAGAAGCAGCUGGAGAGACACGAAGAGCAAUUGCAGAUAAAGUUGGCGCAGAAGGAGAAAGAGACAACAAUAAAACUGAAUAAGAUGGUAGCAGAAAAAGUGGCUGCUGAGAAGAAAAUAUUCGCGAACCAACUCGCUGAAAUGGCGGCCAAGCUGAAGAUCGUUGAAGACAAAUUGAAUGCAAGGCUAAAGGCAGAGAGAGAAACCCGCCGCUCGCAGCAACUAUGGGAAGCCGGUGCGUCUCUACUCGCAGCUACCAAGAAAGGAGACAAGGUCAUCAGGGUUGACAAGGAGCUGAAGGCAAUCGAGAACGCCUCAGGCGAUGAUGACAAAUUGGUCAAGACAGUCCUCAAAGCGAUUCCGGAGUCGGUGCGCACCAACGGCAUAGUUCCAGAAAGCGUUCUGAGAGAGAGGUACCAUAGAAUGGAGAAGGCGGCGCUGAGGGUGGCCUUGGUGGAGCAGGAUGGGGGGCCGCUGCCGAUCUACUUCCUGUCCUGGCUGCAAUCCAUGAUGCUCUUUAUGAAG